GUGUGUUUGCGUUGAAUGUAUUGUUCAGUGAAUGUAUGCUUUGUAUUGUGUGGACCGCGAACUCAGCCCCAAAUCUGUGGCCAAUCGGCGAUUGAGUCAACUAUUAUCGGUCUAAACGGCGUUUAAAUCGGCGGCCAAUGGUCUAAACGGCGAGCGAAAGGGCGGUUGAGAUUUAUUAUUUGCCAAAAACUGGUUGUGUUUCUUAACCACUGAUUUUGACUGACGAGGAAUGGAUGAGAAUCUGGUGGCCGUUCAUAUGAUUGAAUCGUCGGAAGGCACUUAUGUGACGGCACAAGUGAUGCCCGAAGACGACACCUACGAAGACAACGGCGACGACAAUGAGAUGAUUAACGCCACCGAAGACGCGGAUCAGUUGAACGAUGAGUUGGAAGACAACGAAGAGUUGGACGAAGAGGAGGAGCCGCAGGACAACGACCAGGAGUUGGAAGAGGCGGACGGCAACGAAGACAUGAUUGACAACUCGGAAGCGGACGAUAUAAUCAUCGCUGAGGCGGUUGUGGUCACGCAAUACAGCUGUAAAUUCUGUAACCGACGCUUCGAUACCAUUGACAAAGUGAAGAAUCACUACCUCUUGAGACACAAUACGGAUCAGUCGAUUGUGAAGCGCUUCUCCGGCGGCGGACAGCAGAAGACCGACGACAACGACGACGAGCACAACGACGACUCGCCGCCAAAGACGGCGAUUAAGCGGAAGAUUAAAAGCGAACCGCAAAACAUCAGUAAAUCCAAAGCCAAUCAAUACAAUCUCAAAGUCGUGUCCAAUAUUAUCACUGAUGACACGCUUCUCAAGAAGAAAAGGGGUCGUAAACCGACUGGCGUUACCCGAAAGUACCCGUGCGAUUGGCCAGGGUGCAAUUACAUCGCCAGACACUCGGUUCACUUGAAAGACCAUAAGCGCACACAUACUGGCGAAAAGCCCUAUCGAUGCAAUUGGCCCGACUGUGGCCUCAGUUUCAUUCAGGGAUCAGCGCUUAAGACACAUAUGCGAACCCACACCGGAGAGAAGCCAUACCCGUGCGAAUGGCCGGGUUGUACGCUCUUCUUCAGUCAGAAAAACAACGUGAAGGUCCACAUGAGGACCCAUACGGGUGAGAAGCCGUACGUUUGCGAUUGGCCCGGAUGUGAGUGGAGAUUC